CGGAAGAGGGCGGGGCGAACCGGAAGAAGGUGAAAUGCUUUCGGUAGGCGCUCCAUGGCUGUGAAGAUGGCGGCGGCUGCGUGGCUUCAGGUGCUGCCUGUCAUUCUUCUACUUCUGGGGGCUCAGCCGUCCCCACUGUCGCUCCUCGGUGUAGGACCGGCACCUGUCGCCGCUGCCGACCGAUCCAAGUGGCACAUUCCGAUACCGUCGGGGAAAAAUUAUUUUAGUUUUGGAAAGAUCCUGUUCAAAAAUACCACUAUCUUCCUGAAAUUUGAUGGAGAACCUUGUGAUGUAUCUUUGAAUAUAACCUGGUAUCUGAAAAGUGCUGAUUGUUACAAUGAAAUCUACAACUUCAAGGCAGAAGAAGUGGAGACAUAUUUGGAAAACCUUAAGGAAAAAAAAGGUUUGUCUGGGAAAUAUCAAACAUCAUCAAAAUUGUUCCAGAACUGCAGUGAACUCUUUAAAACACAGAGCUUUUCUGGGGAUUUUGUACAUCGAUUGCCUCUCUUAGGAGAAAAACAGGAGGCUAAGGAGAAUGGAACAAAUCUUACUCUUAGCGGAGAUAAAACUGCAAUGCAUGAUCCACUGAAAACUUGGCAAGAUGCACCAUACAUUUUUAUUGUACAUAUUGGCAUUUCAUCCUCAAAGGAAUCCUCAAAAGAAAAUUCACUCAGUAAUCUUUUUACCAUGACUGUUGAAGUGAAGGGUCCCUAUGAAUACCUCACGCUUGAAGAAUAUCCUUUGAUGAUUUUUUUCAUGGUGAUGUGUAUUGUAUAUGUCCUGUUUGGCGUUCUGUGGCUGGCAUGGUCUGCCUGCUAUUGGAGAGAUCUCCUGAGAAUCCAGUUUUGGAUUGGUGCUGUCAUCUUCCUGGGAAUGCUCGAGAAAGCUGUUUUCUAUGCAGAAUUUCAGAACAUCCGAUAUAAAGGCGAAUCAGUCCAAGGUGCCCUGAUCCUUGCAGAGCUGCUUUCAGCAGUUAAACGCUCGCUGGCUCGAACCCUGGUCAUUAUAGUCAGCCUGGGGUAUGGCAUAGUUAAGCCUCGCCUUGGAGUCACUCUUCACAAAGUUGUGGUAGCAGGAGCCCUCUAUCUUUUGUUCUCUGGCAUGGAAGGCGUCCUCAGAGUUACUGGGUAUUUUUCUUACUCAUUGGCUCUGAUAGUAAACCUGGCCCUCUCAGCAAUUGAUGCCUGUAUUAUUUUAUGGAUAUUUAUUAGCUUGACUCAAACAAUGAAGCUGUUAAAACUUCGGAGGAACAUUGUAAAACUCUCUUUGUACCGACAUUUUACCAACACGCUUAUCUUGGCAGUGGCAGCAUCUAUUGUGUUUAUCAUCUGGACAACCAUGAAGUUCAGGAUAGUGACUUGUCAGUCGGAUUGGCGGGAGCUUUGGGUGGAUGAUGCCAUUUGGCGGUUGCUGUUCUCUAUGAUCCUCUUCGUCAUCAUGGUUCUCUGGCGACCAUCUGCGAAUAACCAGAGGUUUGCCUUUUCACCGUUGUCUGAGGAAGAGGAAGAGGAUGAACAAAAAGAACCUAUGCUAAAAGAAAGCUUUGAAGGAAUGAAAAUGAGAAGUACUAAACAAGAACCAAAUGGAAAUAGUAAAGUAAACAAAGCACAGGAAGAUGAUUUGAAGUGGGUAGAGGAGAAUGUUCCUUCUUCUGUGACAGAUGUAGCACUUCCAGCCCUUCUGGAUUCUGAUGAGGAACGAAUGAUUACACACUUCGAAAGGUCCAAAAUGGAGUAAAAAAAAUGGGAAGAUGUGCAGUUGAAGAUGGCAGUAUCUGGGAAGAGAUCAGCUUCUGUGUUAAUCUUCUACACUCCUCCAUGGAAUUAAAGGAGGCAGUGAAACCUGAUCUGUUCCUUGACCUUUGUGCAUUGGAGCUGGUGAGAGGUGUCAGAACAAGGAGAACAUCUUACUGAAAACAAGUUCAUAGGAUGAGAAAAAUCUACAAGUGUUUUAUUUACAACAUUGAUGCCCCUUUCCUUCCCAUACCCUGACAUGGAUGUUUAUGCAACUUACGUGUGUUGUUCCUGAGCCUUCUAUAAUGUUUCAAUUGUUUAAUCUAUCAAACUAAAAAGUUUAACAUCUUCUAAAGAACUAUGACAUCAACGCCAUAAUAUGUAAUCUCCAGGAGCAACUGCCUAUAAUUUUUAUUUAUUUAGGGAGUUACAUAGGUGAUGGGGGAAAUUGUUAAUUAUUUUUCCAUUUCCUGAGAAGCCAAGGUUAUAUCUCGCAGAGGUAGUUUGGAGACAAAAAGAGUCCUGACUUCUGGAGCCAUGGUUCUGUUGGUGAUUUAAAACAAAAAGAAGAGCGCGCAAGAGAGAAACCUGUUACAGUAUGAUUCAGAUCAUUUAAAAAAAAAAUCAAGUGCAAUUUUGUUUACAAAUGGUGUAUAUUAAAGAUUUUUCUAUUUCA